AUGGCUAAAAGUGAGAAGGUCAUCUUCAAGGGUCUAGAUUCGCCCUCAAAAGAGGAGAUAACAAAAGUAUGGGACAAGGUUGUAAACCUGGUCGAGCUUUUUCAAGUCCAGCAGCAUGGGCCACAUCUUUCACAGUUGGAUGCAGAGGAGAAAAAACUUCGAGCUUCUGAGUUUUUGCGUAAACUAAGCCUUGGAAAUAACGAAGUCUUGGAAACUCUAGAGAGAAACAUUCUUUGCGCCGACGGCAUGGACAAUCAAGAUAACCUAGAAGAAGCUAUUCAUGACGAUACAGUUAAUGGCCUAGGCAUGGUAGAGCAGUUUCGACUUCGACAAAUCAUCUCGACUCCGCAGUCCGAAAAUGCGGGUGACAACUUACCUCACGCGUCAUUGGGGUCUCCCAAUGCAAUUGCCGAAUACAAGGAGUAUAGCCAGUACAUCGACAAGGCCGAGCUUCCUGGACUAACCGAGCGAGUCAAGCUCCUCGCGAAUCUCUUGACUUCAUCUAAGAGUCCAGACUUCCGGUCUCUAAAGUGCCUCUCAUGGGACCACCAGCCCUUAGAAUACAAGUACACAUUUCAAUUCGAGGUGCCUAAGCGAUACCAGUCGCCUCAAUGCCAGUAUAGGAGCCUACAUUCGAUCAUAAGAACAGCGAAAGCUUCCACGAGGCCGACUCUGGACGAGAGACUCCGAAUAGCAUUUUUGCUAGCCAGUGCUCUACAGAAAUGGCACUCGGUCGGUUGGCUACACCAAGGAAUUAAUAGCCAUAACAUCAUAUUCUUCAGAGUACCUGGCCAGGAACGUUUCGACUAUAGGGAACCCUUUCUCCAUGGAUUUGACUUCGCCAGACCAGACUUGGACCCAUCCAUUGGGAAGCCCCCUGAUGACGACACAUUCGACAUAUAUCGCCACCCAAACAGGCAGGGCCCAUCGCGCCGUGGACAUCGGAAGAUUCAUGACAUAUACUCUCUAGGGGUGGUCAUGCUGGAGAUUGGUUUAUGGCAAGUCGCGUCGGAUAUGAGAGAUCCCCGUUCGAAACGGACGAGUAAACCAGAAGAUCUGCGGAAUUUGUUCGAAACCGCUUCAUCAAGCCGCCUUCCGCAUUAUAUCGGAAGGGCUUACGCUUCCGCUGUUCAUACUUGUCUCCAGUCAUCAUUCGGAGUUAAGAUGGAUGAUGAGCGUGGGUCGUUUUUAGCACGAGCUUUCCAAAGCCAGGUCAUUGAUAGGCUGAAAGAGGGUAUCCAGCCGAACUGA